AUGUCGCGGCAUCGGUUUUCCUCUGCAGCGCUGCUGCUUCUCUUUGUUGUGCUGAUAUGCUGCGGCUGCGGUGAAGCUGCAUACUCCUAUCACGCGGGAUUGGAGGCAAGUUACCCCUUUGGAGUUCAGCCUUCGCCGCAGCCGGUUUUGCUGUAUUCAAACUUUCCGGUACCAUCCACCGACUACGUGUUCCGCGGUUCUCAUCUUGUGGCCGUGGGUGAGGUGCUGGUGGCCAUUUCUGGAGCUUUAUUCGAUGCAGAUGUGCAAGGCCGUGAAAUGUCUGCGAAGUUGGCGGCACAUAUCAGCAUAGACAAUGGGGGGAGGUGGACUCCAUACAGGUUUGCAGGUGGUGAUGGUGCCGGUGCUUUUCCCAAUCUGGGUUCAUCAUACCUCUCCAGAGACGCGCCUUACGGAAACACGGAUCCGUUGUGUGCUUUUGUGGAGGGCUACGACACAAGUGGAAGGCAAGGAACUCAGUACAGCAGGGGCCAAUUUGUUUCGGAGCCCAAUAUUUAUUUUGCGAGGGCAGCCGUCUCAGGAAGAUCACACCUCUUGGCGGAUAUUGUUCCAAUGGAGAAUCCCCUUCCAUAA